UACCAGCCUACUCAUUUAGUUUUUUGCUGUGUUUGAGUUAAGCACCAAAUUUUUUCUCUGAACAUGUGCUCAGGUGCUCUCAGUAGGGUCUGCUUGGUUUGAAUGAUUGGUUUUAAUUUUGCUGCACAUGUUCUGUCUGGUCAAACACCUUGCUGGGAUGCUGGCUCUGGUUUUAAAUUCCUGCCAGAUUCUUCAAUUUGCUUCAUUACUAGAUCAUAAUCAGUUCUGUAGUUCACAGAGAUGGAAGUUAAAUAUGUGUGAAAUUUUUUUUUAAUGAUUUUUCAUGAUUUUUGUGUGAUUGCUUAGAUAUGGUUUUGUAUUAUUCGGAGUGUUUGAGUUUUGGAGUUUAUUUUAUUGCUUAAUACCCAGUAAUGAAGGCAUUAAAAAAGAAGUGGAGGAUAUCCUGGACUGACGGAAACACAAGCUUCCUGCGUGCAGCACGUGAUGGCAACCUGGCAGAGGUUUUAGAUUACCUGAAUGGCAGCACAGACAUUAACACCAGCAACCCUAAUGGGUUGAAUGCACUACAUUUGGCCUCGAAGGAAGGCCAUAUCAACAUUGUGACAGAGCUGCUGAAACGAGGAGCUAGUGUAGAAGCAGCUACCAAGAAAGGAAAUACAGCACUACACAUUGCAUCCCUUGCCGGUCAUGAAGAUAUUGUCAAGCUGCUUGUUGCUAAUGGUGCCAAGGUCAAUGUACAAGCUCAGACUGGUUUCACACCACUAUAUAUGGCAGCUCAGGAGGGACAUUCUGAUGUGGUGAAGUUUCUACUGGCUAAUGGGGCUAGCCAGAGUCUCUCCACUGUGGGAAUAAAUAACAAUGAGUAUGCCGGUGAAAAAAGGAGAAGUGUGGUAUCACAAGGAUCGCAGGAUGGAUUUACUCCCCUUGCUGUUGCCUUGCAACAAGGUCAUGAGCGAGUAGUAGCUGUUCUUCUAGAACAUGACACCAAGGGCAAGGUUCGACUCCCUGCACUCCACAUUGCUGCCAAGAAAGAUGACACAAAAUCAGCAGCUUUACUACUGCAAAAUGAACAAAACUCUGUUGAUCUUGAAACAAAGGGUGCAGGACUAGUUAAUGAUACCACUAAGAGUGGAUUUACACCUCUACAUAUAGCAUCACAUUAUGGAAACGUGAAUGUUGGUACCCUGCUCAUUCAGAGGGGAGCAGAUGUCAACUUCAAGGCUAAGAACAACAUCACACCACUGCAUGUUGCUGGUAGAUGGGGCAAGAACAAUAUGAUCAAUCUGUUGUUGGACAACAAGGCCACCAUUGAUGAGAAAACAAGGGAUGGACUGACCCCACUCCACUGUGCUGCCAGAAGUGGUCAUGAAAAUGUGGUAGAUACCCUUCUCAUUAGAGGAGCACCAUACCAGGCCAAAACUAAGAAUGGUUUAACUCCCCUGCAUAUGGCUGCCCAAGGAGACCAUGUAGACUGUGCACGACUCCUGCUCUAUCACAAGGCCUCUGUGGAUGAUGUAACCAUGGACUACCUGACGCCACUCCAUGUUGCUGCCCACUGCGGCAACGUUAAUACUGCCAAACUGCUCCUUGAUAGGAAAUGUGACCCCAACAGCCGCGCUCUGAAUGGGUUUACCCCUCUGCAUAUUGCAUGUAAGAAGAACAGAAUCAAGGUCGUUGAGCUCCUCCUCAAAUAUGGAGCCUCCAUUGAAGCUACAACUGAGUCUGGCCUGUCUCCACUACAUGUGGCCUCCUUCAUGGGUCACAUGAACAUUGUCAUCUACCUGAUACAACAUGGUGCCAACCCUGACUACCCCACAGUCCGUGGUGAGACCUCCCUACAUCUUGCUGCACGUGCACAGCAGACAGACAUUAUCAGGAUCCUGCUUAGAAAUGGAGCCACAGUGGAUGCACGUGCAAGAGAGCAGCAGACACCAUUGCACAUUGCAGCCCGUCUUGGAAAUGUUGACAAUGUGGUUCUCCUUUUACAACAUGGAGCCAAGCCAGAUGCCACCACCAAGGACUUGUACACACCGCUGCACAUCGCUGCCAAGGAAGGUCAUGAGGAGGUUGCCUCCGUGCUGCUAGAACAUGAUGCUAACCUCAAUCUGACAACCAAGAAAGGAUUCACUCCCCUGCAUAUUGCUGCCAAAUAUGGCCAGCUGAAGGUUGCCAAGUUGUUGCUACAGAAGGAAGCUAACCCAGAUGUACAGGGCAAGAAUGGACUUACACCUCUACAUGUGGCCACCCACUACAACCAUGUUAGUGUAGCACUACUGCUACUCAAUAGCAAGGCCUCCCCACACUCUACAGCUAAGAAUGGUUAUACACCCUUGCAUAUUGCUGCAAAGAAGAACCAGAUGGAUAUAGCCACAACCUUGUUGGAGUAUGGAGCUAAGCCUGAUGCUGAAUCUAAGAACGGGUUCACACCACUACAUCUAGCCAGUCAGGAAGGUCAUACUGAUAUGGUGUCUCUGUUACUGGAACACAAGGCCAACGUCAACCCAAAAUCUCAUAAUGGUUUAACUGCCAUGCAUCUGGCAGCCCAGGAAGAUAAAGUCCCAGUGGCUGAAGUGCUUGUUAAAUACAAUUCCCAAAUUGAUCCACAGACAAAGGCUGGGUAUACACCCCUGCAUACAGCAUGUCACUUUGGCCAGACCAACAUGGUCCGUUUCUUGCUGGAACAUGAUGCAUCAGUCAAUGCUACAACCAAGCUUGGGUAUACACCACUGCAUCAAGCUGCCCAGCAAGGACAAGUGAGUGUAGUCAACCUGCUACUCAAAUACAAGGCCUCACCAAAUGCUGUCACAAAUAAUGGUCAGACAGCACUGUCAAUCGCCCAGCGUCUUGGCUAUAUCUCAGUGGUUGAUACGUUGAAAGACAUCACCGAGGUAACAGAGACAAUCCCUGCUAGCGAUGAUAAAUACAAGGUUGUCUCCCCUGAAACCAUGCAGGAAGCUUUCCUCUCAGACUCGGAGGAUGAAGGAGAGGGAAGUCCAAAACGUGCCAAUUUUGGAGAUGAUUAUAUGCCACAGUCUCCACUCUUUGGAAAACCUCUCUCUGAACAGCACGUUUAUUUACCAUAUUAUGAAGGCAAUAAGAACCGGGAAGAUACAUUGUCAGAGAGGGCAGGAAGUGUCUCCCCUCUGAAUACAUCCUACGAUAAGGAUGUUGUCAUGCGGAGGGAGACCGAGGAUGCACGGCGACGACUUAAAAGUGAGAUGAGCACGGCCCUUCAUUACCCUUCAUACUUAGAAGGGGGUCCUGACUAUGAAGCAGAAAUGAGAUAUUUUAGCGGUGAUACUCUCUCCCCGAGAGAUAAGGAAAAAAAAUUGCUUUCGGGAGAUUACUCUACUAUGGGCUCUGAUUAUUCCACGCUCGAGAGAGAUACCAGUGAUGGAGGUCGAAAAAUCAUCCGAUCGGUUGACGCGAGUCAGAACUCGCUUGAUGCCGACGAUUAUAUCACUGAUGACUCUAUUAAGAAGAACUCACUUCUGUUUGGGGAGGACUUUUAUGCUCGGAGGUCUGUGCGCCUACAACAGACAGAGGCAGCAAUGCAACGAGAGUUGGUCGACUCCAGGAUAGGUAUACCGUCAAAGUCGAAGGCUUAUUCGACGGAACUUAUUGACGGAAAAGAUCUAAGUGAUAAGUUCGAAUAUCUUCCUGAUGAUUCGGUUGAUAGAGUUCAACAGGACUACAUGGAGGCGACAAUGGCGGGAAGUUAUGAAGCACCGAUCAUGCCGCAACAAGCAGACAACAGGUACAUGGCGGCACCAGGAAAGUCUGAGGGAACACGUUUCAGUUCGUACAGUGGAUCGUCCUUCAAUACACAUUUCGACCCAGAUAACAUUGCUCUUGAUAAAUCGCCUGUCUACUCUGGCAAACUUAAGUGGAAGAGCUUCCUUGUGAGUUUCAUGGUGGAUGCCCGAGGUGGGGCGAUGCGAGGUACACGGCACAGCGGGAUCCGAUUUGUCAUCCCGCCAGGCAAGGCAUCCAUGCCGACAAGGAUAUUAUGCCGACUGAUCAAGAAGGAGAAACUGCUCCACCCGCCUGUGGUGAACGAGGGAGAAGCUCUAGCUAACAGAAUCAUCGAAAUGGGACCACACGGAACUAAAUUCUUGGGACCUGUACUGAUUGAAGUACCACAUUUUGCUUCACUGAGAGAGAGAGAACGGGAAAUUCAGAUAAUGCGCAGUGACAAUGGUGAGACCUGGUAUGAGCACCCGUUGGUAGCCACUGAUGAUGCGGUUGCCCAGGCGAUGGCUGGAACUUUCGAGGGUGGGAAACCAAUAAGUAGCAUGCUGAACUUUGAGGGUGAAGAUGAAUUGGCUGGCAAGAGAAUUACACGUAUCCUGACUACCGACCUGCCACAGUACUUUGCCAUCAUUUCCCGUGUGAGGAUAGAGAAUCAGUACAUUGGAGAGGAAGGUGGUGUGAUCAGCUCCAAGGUUGUACCACAGGUCCAGGCUGUCUUCCCACAAGCUGCAUUGAACAAGAAAAUCCGAGUUGGACUUCAGGCACAGCCCGUUAACCCUGAGAUUAUUUCCAAGUUGUUUGGUAACCGUGUGGCAUGCAGUCCAAUUGUCACUGUAGAGCCACGGAGACGUAAAUUCCACAAGCCGAUAACACUGACCAUACCUGUACCGAAGGCGGCUCAGAAGGGAAUGAUCAACCAAUAUCCAAAUGAGAACCCAACAUUACGCCUCCUUUGCAGUAUCACAGGCAAUCAUGCCGUACAUCGAGGAGGAGCUAAUGCCGCUGUAUGGGAAGAUAUAACUGAGAACAAAAACCUGCAGUUCACCAAUGAUUGUGUCUCAUUCACAACUACAGUCUCAGCAAGGUUUUGGUUAAUGGAUUGUCAGGCAACAACAGAAUCGGCCAGCAUGGCCACUGAGAUAUACCAUGAAGCCAUCAAUGUACCAUACAUGGCUAGAUUUGUUAUGUUUGCUAAACGUACAGGAACAGAGGAAGGUCAGCUGCGAAUGUUUUGUAUGACUGAUGAACGUACAGACAAAACAUUGGAGAAACAACAGAACUUUACAGAGGUAGCGCGCAGCAGAGAUGUAGAGGUGUUGGAAGGAAGGCAACAGUUUAUUGAGAUGGCUGGAAAUUUGAUACCUGUCACAAAGUCUGGCGACCAACUCUUCAUCGAUUUCAAAGCUUUUCGUGAGAACCGCCUGCCAUGUACAGUGCGGAUUCGAGACCAAGAUCAAGAGUCGGCCGCCAGAGUGGCUUUCAUGAAAGAACCUAAGGUGGCACGAGGAGAGGCUCCUCAAAAUCCCAUCUGUAAUCUAAACAUCACCCUGCCAGGAUGGUCUAAAUCAUCUUCUACCAUGGAACUUGAAGGUGAAGCUUCCCUGGAGGUAAAGAAACGACAGUCCCUUCUCCGAGAACAUGGAAUAGUGUUGGAGGAUAAUAUAAGUCGCGCUCAGAUCAAGCUGACAGAUGUUGCUGACACAUUACAAGGUGACUGGGUGAUACUUGCCCACCAGCUUGAUAUAACGGGACCUGAGAUCAACGAUAUAAAAUCUGACUACCAUACUGUCAACGAUCAAGCACUUGCCAUGUUACAGCUGUGGGUCUCCAAGAAAGGAGAAGAGGCCACAGGUAAUUCAUUAGAGAAUGGCUUACGGCAAGUUGGCAGAGAAGAUGUAAUAAAGAAAACAAUGUAUAACGUCGAAGUCGUGGAGGACGAACUUGAAGCAGCAGCAGCAAGGGCAGCAAUGGACCAGUCAGGCUUCGACAAUUUCGCAGAUGAGAUUGGUAUUUCUAGAGAUUCGUCUCUCAAGAAAGGCAUGUCUCUAGAUGUAGAGUAUGAUGAAAAGGAUCUUGUCAAGGAGUCAGAAUCGGCCAAUGAAGAAGACAACUUUUCUAUUUCGAGUGAAGGAGAGAGAAGGGAGAUUAGAGUUGCCCCACAAGCGCCUGCGGAAGGAGACAAUAUUUCAAUAUCUGAAGACAUGAUAGCCACAAUUGAUGAUCGACGAAAUGUCGCAUCAGCCGAGGAGGAAGAUAGACCAGAAAUUUCCGAUAAAAAGAAAGAGGCUUACAUUGAUCUUAUAAUGCGUAUGGAUGAAUUCGAGGAUGAACGUGAACGGCGAAUUGCCACAAAUAAACCUGAAGAACUUGAUGAUACAGCAUCAGUUGGAGAAGAUGCCAUCAUUCAGGAACAAAAGAAGAAAGAUGAUGAUACUAUAGCUAGACUUGAAGCUUUUGGGGUAGAGGCUCAGUUAAAAAAGGCCCCAGAACCUCCGGUAACUGAGUCUGAGCCCCAGUUAGCCCAGCAACAAGUUGUUCUAGAAUCAUCUGUUGACCCACAGAUGGAAUCAUCUGUCGAUGCCAAGAUAGAUGCAAAACCCUCCGAAGAAAAUUUGGAAGAUGAAGAGGGGUUACUCACCCCACCCCCAAGUCCUGUGGAGAAAUUUGUCCCAGAAGCGAAAGAGGAAAAGCUCAUGGAAGCUAUUGAAAAUGAGGCUGCACGGAAUGAGCAGGAAGAGAGAACUAAAUCUAUUGGUGAAGUUGAAGAAACAACUGAAGAGCCUAAGGAAGGUGAUAUUGAAAGCAAACAACAAGACGAAACUGAUGCCACUGUUGAUGGUCCUACUGAGGUUGCUGAGGAAGAAAUAUCUGAAUCAGUUACAGAAAUUGAGGAAAUAUUUCAAGUUUCAGAGGAUGGGGUUACCUGGAAAACAGUUAAAAAGAUAACAACGAUCACCCCUCGUGGUACAAGUGAGAGAGUUGUCGUUCUUGGAGAAGAAGCGAUACAGAAGGAGUCCGCCAUCGAUCAGCUUGCAGCUCGGCUGUCUGAACCUCCUGAAGACCAAACUGCUGAGGAUAAACAAGAUGCUGGAGAAUCUGGCCGAUUUUAUGGUGAGCUUGACAAUGUGGAACAAAAACUAUCGCAAGAAAAAAUGAUUGAAGAAACCAUAGACCCACAAACUAGUGCUGUUACUGAACAGGAAGCCCCCACUACCUUCCUGCCUGAAUCUGACAGAACUCAGAUGGACAAAGAGAAGCCAGGUGAUGUAAACCUAGCUGAAAGUGUAAAACCUAAAAGAAGAUACUCCAGUAGCAGUAAUAGUAGCAAAAGCUCAGAUGAUGAAGACAGAAAGAAAAAAGGGGAAGUUGGUGAGUCUAAAGACAAAAAAGAAAGGAAAACCAGUAGCAGCAGCAGCACCAGCAGUUCAGACAGUGAAGAAUAUUUUGAAACUGUUGCUGAACCUGAGAGAGAUCGUAAAUCAGAUAAUGAAGUGAAUGUACCAGUAGUUGUCGAUGAAAAUGAAGAAAGGGUUGUUUCACCAACAUCACCUAUUAGAGGACCAGAAAAAGAUUAUAGAAGAGCAGUAAGUCCUGUGCAAGAACCUGAAAUAGACUUUAAGCUUGAAUCUCAAAUACUAAAACAUUCGGUUGAAACAGAUAUAGACUUUCCAUAUGAAGACAAUAAAAUUCAAGAGCCUGAACUAGAUAUUGAAUAUAAAACAGGAUUUAAAUCUGAUGAAGUUGAUAUGGAUCAAGAUAUUCUACCUAAUGAGGAAAAAGGAGUAAAUACUGUUAAUUCUGAACCACAGAUAAUACCAUCGUCAGGAGCAGGUACUUGGCCAAUGGCAGAAGAACAUGUACAACCAAAUUUAACUGAAGUUGAGGCCACAGUGACUGAUACAUUACCAGAAAUAUCAGAACCACCUGCACAGUCAUAUGUUGUUGACAGUGCUACAAAAGAUGAUACUGAUACUGUAUUGAAAAUAGUAAAAGAUGACAAAAUUAUAUCUGAUGAGACUGAAACUCCUGCUGAUGUAACUCCGGAGAAAUAUAGGAAAGAUUCUAAAAAAUUACAUGUAACUUUUGCAGAAACUGUAAUUGAUAAUGAAAAAGUAUCAAAUGAAAGUGACACAAGUGAAUCAGAGAGUAGUGACAGUGACACAGAUUCUGACAGUAGUACAGAAGGAAGCAAAGACUUGAGAGAAGAUCCCUAUAAGCAGGAAACCAAGAUAAGAAAGGCGUCAUCUUCUACAGACAGUGAUAGUGAAUGUGAAGGGGCUUAUGAUGUUGAAAUGGCUGCAAAACAAGAAAUGGUAACUGAUCUUGAUGAAGUGGGUGACGAAAUAACUGAUGCUGUGACUUCCUUUAGAGCACCUGAUGUAGAUACUGAGUACAGCACAUUCCCAGACCCACAGACUCCAAAGAUAACGCAUGAAGAUGACAAAUUCAAUGUAGAUCAGAAUGUAGAAUUUAUUAGAAAAGUUCCCUUGUCUGAUGAGAACAUUGAAAGAGUGCCAAAGGAAACAAAUGAAGUUAAUGUUGAACUUGAAACAGAAAGCAAAAAAUUAAAGGAUGAAAAAUCAAGUUCAUCAUCAAGUGAUAAUGAAAGUGAUGACAGUAAUGAUAUAUCAUACAAUAUUUCUGUAAAAACUGAAAAUGAUGAUAAUGUAACUCUUGAUACUGUUAGUAAGAAACCAUUCGUUGAGACUAAUGUAGAUGAUAUUUUUGAUGAUAACAUAAUGCCCAAUAUUGCCAAGUCUGGAGCUGAUUUAGAAAGAGAAAAGUCAUAUUCUGAAAGUUCUUCUGAUCACAGUGAUGAUGAAAAUAGGGAGAAGCAUAUGGCAAGUGGAAGUGAACCUGGAGACAAAAUAACAAAUUCAUUGAAUGAACCAGAUACAUCUGAGAUUACAGAACCAAAUCUGCAUAAUGAAAUUUCCGAGAAAGCAAGUAAGUAUGAGGACACUGCUUCUUUAGAAGAAAAGGUUGAUUUUGAGAAAUCUUUGGAAAGGCAUAGUUCUGAAAGUUCCUCUGACGAAAGAGAGGCAGAUGACACUGAAUCGGACAAAAAGAGAAAAGGAUCCAUGUCAAGUGAAGAUGAGACUAAAUAUGAUAUUGAAACAGAAAAACUGAAAAUUAUACCAAGUUCCAUGGAAAAUGUAGGUCUUGAGAUAACUGAUAAUGCAGAGAAAGUGACUACAGCUGAUGUAGGCGAACAAGAAAAUAUUGAAAAUGUUAAAUUUAUUGAAAUAAGUAAAGCACCCACAAGAGAAACUAAUGUUGUUGAUAAUUUUGUUCAAGAGACUGAAAUGGACAAACCUGUAGCUUCUGAAUUAAAAAUAUCUAGUUUGAAGGAAACAGAUGAUGCAAGUCAGUUGAAGGAUACCGAUGUAGAUGACAUGUUCAAUGACCAGAACAUAAAAGUUGAUAAACAGAAAUUGAGUUCAUCAUCUUCCAGUGAAAGUGUUGAAGAGUUUCAAGAAACAAAAGAGGAAGCACCUACUGCAAACAUAGUUGUAUUAGAAACAGUCACAGCAAGGCAUCCCAUAAGGAAGAGGUCAUCUUCAUCAUCCAGCAGUGAAGGUAACUCAGAGGAGCGGGAACCAACUAUAAUUGUACAUGAUUUGAAUGUAGGUACAAAAUCUGUAGAUAUUGAUAAAAAUGUAGCAGAGUUAGUUGAAAAUGAUGAUGUUAUUGUAGUGGAAGAUGUGACAAAGGAAAUGGUUUACUCUAAACCAAAUGAAUAUACGAAAGAUGAAAAUGAGUCUAAAACAUUUAGUGAAGACAAAAAUGGUAUCACUGAUAUUCUACAAGAAAUAACUGAUGAACCAGUAUGUACUGAUGAUUCUAGCAAAAAAGGUGACAUGACUACAAACAGAUCUUCAGAUUCAAGCAGUAGUUCAUCUGAGAGUGAUAAUGAUGAAAGCAAAGAAUCAGAGGCCAAAGUUGAUGAUUUCUCAGCUUCAUUAUUGGAAGAAACAGGAAGGGAGACAAACAGAGUAGAAUCAUUCAUUCUUUGUGAAGAACCAAAGACCUUAGAUUCUAAAGACAGUUCCAGUCAGGAUGCAGCAACUUUGUUAAUUCCAAGUCAAAGGAAGUCUUCCUCAUCAAGCCCUUCAGAAAGUGACAAUGACCAGGAAAGCCAGAAAGCAUUGCCAAUGGAAACAGAUGUUGAUAGCAUACCAUUUGAAACAAAUAUUGAUGAGGUUACAAAAGAAGUACCAACUGAAGAUUCAAAGAAUAAAGAAGAAGAAAAAUCUGUUGAAACUGAUAAAGAUAUUCAUCAACAAGUUGAAAGCAAAGAUAAAGAAUCCUCUUCUUCAUCAGAUUCUGAAAAUGAAAAAGAUCUUCUGAUGGAACCGGAAGAAUCCUUAGAAGCUAAGCAUCCUGUUGAAAAAACCAAUAUUGACACUGUUCCAGUAAAAUGUCCAGAAUUGACAUCAGAAGAACCUGCUAAAGUGGUUAUAUUAGAAACAGUUGCAGCUAGGCAUCCGACAAGAAAGGGAUCAUCUUCAUCAUCCAGUAGUGAAGGUAGCUCAGGAAAAUGGGAACCAGCUGAGACUGAAAAUGAUUUGAAUGUAGGUACCAGGUCAAUGGAUAUUGAUGAAAAUGUUGCAGAGUUAGUUGAAAAAAAUAAUGUUAUUGCUGCUGAAGAUGUAAUGAAAGAAAUGUUGUACUCUAAACCAGAUGAAUCUGCUACAUUUGAAACAGAGUCUGAAAAAUCGGGGGAAAACAAAGAUAUUGUUCGUAACAUUCCAGAAGAAAUAAUUGAUGAACCAGUAUGUACUGAUGAUUCAAGAGAAAAUGAUGCUGUGACUGCAGACAGAUCUUUAGAAUCAAACAGUAGUUCAUCUGAGAGUGAUAAUGAUGAAAGCAAAGAACCAGAGGCAAAAGUGGAUGAUUUCUCAGCUUCAUUAUUGGAAGAAACAGGAAGGGAGACAAAUAGAAUAGAAUCAUUCAUUCUUUGUGAAGAACCAAAGACAUUAGAUUCUAAAGACAGAUACAGUCAGGAUGCAACAACUUCGUUAAUUCAGAGUGAAAGAAAAUCUUCCUCGUCAAGCUCUUCAGAAAGUGACAAUGACCAGGAAAGCCAGAAAGCAAUACCAAUGAAAACAGAUGUUGAUAGCAUGCCAUUUGAAACAAAUGUUGACCAAAUUGCAAAAGAAGUGGCAACUGUAGAAGACGAUAAGUCUCUUGAAACUGAUAUAGAUUUUCCCCACCCAGUUGAAAUCAAAGAUAAAGAUUCAUCGGAUUCUGAAGAUGGAAAGGAAGAAACAUUGGGAAUGAAACAUCAGAUUGAUGAAACUUUAACAGAGGAUAUCAAACAAAAACCGAGAUCAAGGACAUCCUCCUCCUCAUCGUUAUCUAGUGAAGAUGACUUUAAAAGUAAAGCAGUUGUUGAAACAGAUUUAGACAGUGUGCCACAAGCAACCUCAAAAUCUUUAGAGACUGAUUUAGAUGAGGCUUUUGGAGAUACAGACAAAAAAGGGGAAAUGGAACCAGUUGUAACAAAACCAGAUGAAUACCCUGAGAUUGAGAAACAACAAGAGCCCUUUGCCCCAGAAACAGAUUCAGACAUAGGGGCACUAAGACCUGAAUAUGUCAUGGAUCAGUACCAUUCAGCAAUUCCUGUUGAAUAUCCUUCAGACUACAAAGGUGAAACUGAACCUCCUAAAGAUGAAGUAUAUUGUGAAACAACCCUGGCAGUUGUGCGAAGAGUAAAGGUAAAACAAAAUUAUGGCAGUGAUAAAACAGAAAGGCAGCCCAUCACAAUUGAACAAAAUCUACAGAAAAAAUAUGAGCCACCCAGAAUUCAAGAUAUAACGGACCAUGAAACAGAAAAUGUUACUGACUUUGAUGCUCAUCCUGGGAAAAGAUCAAGGUCACCAAGCUGGUCAUUUGAUGAUGAUCACGUUUCUAAAAGACUGGAUGCUGAAGACCGGUUUCAUAAUGAAAAAGAGGCAACACCGCCUGCCAGGGAAUACAUCAUUGUUGAAUCUGCCCCAGAGAUUGGUGAGUCUGGUGGAUUGAGGGAAGAAUAUGUGGCUCAAAGGCCGUUUGUUGAGAGCAAACGUUCAGCAUCAUCAUCAUCAUCGUCGUCAGCUGACGAGGGUGAAUUUAAGGUUCAAGAUGUCCCGGAUGAAGAAGUGUUUGACCCUGCACUGCAAGGGGGCCAGAGCUACAUGGAGGACAUUAAGCCAGAUGGUACUAUUGUCAAAAUUCAGAGAAUCAAACAUCUACCACGGGGGCAUGUUAGCUUCGAUCAAACUGAAGAUGUAGCUUUCAUUGAAGAGGAGGGACCGUUGCGCACUGAAACUGAGAUACAGGAUGAAGAAGAAAUUCUUGAUGAUGGAACUGUUCACAAAACACAUGUAGUUAGGCAGCAUUCUCUAAAGCAUGUAAGAAAGUCUCUACGAUCAGAUGCAGGAGAGGAAGAUAUUGUUGAAGAAACUGAAAUUGAACUACCAGGCACUGAGAAAAUAGUGGAAACAUUUGAUGAACCUCCACAGAAAGUACUGGAAGUUGAGGAGGAGGAAGAAACAUUGGAAGAUGGUACAACAGUCAAACGUAAAAUUAUUAUGAGCAGUAUGGUGCACCACAUUAGGACCAGAACAAAAUCAAUUGAUGAGUCAACAGGGGAACAACAUGAAGAAGAAGAUGAUACUGAAGAAAUAGUGCCUGGAACACAGUCGUUCUUUGUCGCUGGUUCAGGUUCAACUUCCUCAAGUUCGAGCUUUAUAGAUGAUCUUGAUGAGAUGGAAGCAACAAUUGAAGAGGAAGAAGAAGCAUAUGAUGACGGAACACUAGUUCAAACUACAUUCUUAGAAGCUACAGAGAAACGCAAGCAAAGGUCAAGGUCAGGGUCUCUUUCAGAGACAGAAGGUAAAAUUAUUGUUACUGAAAGAAGGGUCACACCAGCACAUACACCAGUCAGUACGCCGCCAGGAUCACCAAGGUCAGGGUCACCUGUCAAUCUUGAAGAAUUAGCAGCGAAAAUUGCAGAAAAGACUAUCAAAAAAGCUCACUUCGAAACAGUAAGACAUCAAACUGAAGGAGGAGAAAUAGAAGAAACUACUGAAUACAAAACAGAAUCAUUUUUACCUCCUGCACGUGCAUUAGUUGAGGAAGUAGAGGAGCAGCAAGAAGAACCAGAAUGGAAGGAACUUGGUGAAAGUGGUUUGGUUCAACGACCAGUGACGAAAGUCUCGUAUUCUCCCUCACAAGAGCGAGAGGUAGAAUCAUCCCCAGAAGUACCAAAGUCUGUGUCCUCCAUUAUACAGAAAUUUGAAAGAAUAGCUUCAGUAGAAUCUGAUUCAACUGUUACCAAAACUGCAGAGCAUCAAGACAGUAUUAAAUUUCAAAGUAAACAGUCUGAAAUAGAGACUCUUCCAGCAAAAGAGACUGUCCCUGUGAAUAUGGUUGUAAGUGAUUCUAAAACUUCAAAGUCUGAGGAACAGAUAGUGACUGAAUCAGAAAUUGUUACAACAAAAGAUAAACGUGAUAGCCUUGAUGUUGAUAUACCUGAUCUUGAAAUGGCAACUGAUGUUUCUCCUGGUACCCAGUUUAGGCAUAUUGUUGAGGACAUUGAAGCAAAAGCUGAUAGUAUUUCUAAAAACAUUCUUGAAGAAGAGAAAACUGAUUCUGAAACAAAAAGUGAAAUAGAAAUUCUUACUUUUAAAAGUAAAGAGCAGGUACAUGAGGAAGAUCAACUUUCUCAUGAAGAGAAAAGAAGAUCUGUAAGAGAACUAGUUCAAAGACAUGAAUCUCUUGUCAAAGAAACCAGUAUUGAAAAAGCAAUCAGUAUUGAAAAAGAUGAAACAUUGGCUGAUAACCGUACAGACCUUGAUUUAGCUAAAGAGACAUUGGAUAAAAAACAUGAAGCAUAUGAAAUUGAAGUAGGAGCAGUUGAAAUUAAAGAUACUGUAGACAAGGUAGAAAUAGCAACAGUUAAAGUUGACAGUACUAUAGAAAACAUAGGAGGAACAAAGGAGGAAGAGGCAGUCCCAUGGUUGAAUGAUGAUAUUGAUGAUUUGAUUGAAGAAGAGCAGAAACUUAAACGACUGACUGAGACCAAUAUUGUUGAAGCUGAUGAAAUAGAAACUAAAGAUUGGGAAGCAAUUGAAUCUAUAGAACUUGAGUCACCAAGUAAACUACCAUCUCCUUUAGAACAGCAGUAUCCAAUUUACACAGUGGAAGAAACAAAGCUUUCUGCGGAAGAGUCCACUUAUACAACAGCUGAGGUUGACAUCGUUGAUUCCUUCUCUGAGACAGAAGUACAAAGUGAUGACAAAAUGUUAUUUGAAGAGACAGACAGUCAGAGUUUUGAAAUUGAUACUGAAAUGGAAAAGAAAGAUGAUAAAAAUGUUUUUAAAAAUGUUGUUCUAAAGGAAGGAACUGCAGUUAAACAAGUACAUUUUGCUGAGGAAGUAUUAAUUGAAGAAAGAGAAACUGAAGAUUUACCUCCUGAAAUUGCAGAUGUUGUCACACCAGAAUUAAAAGAGAUUGGAAUUGAAAUAAUAUCUGACAGUCAAAUAAACAUACACCAAGAAGAAGAACAUGCAGAAAUUGUAUGUGAAUCAGUUUUAGAGCAGGCAGAAGAGCUUGAAACAAUAGAAACAAUACAGUCUGAACAUGAAAGAAAAAUCCCAUUAAGUGAUGUAGAAUAUCUAUCACAGGAAAUGAUAGAAUGUAAAGAACUUGAACUAGAAAGUAUAGAAAAGCUUGCAGAAGAAACAAAACCAUUAGAAAUAAUUAUCCCAAGUGAACAAGAUGUACCUGUAACUGAACAAGAUGUCAUAACAGAAGCACUGGAAGAAAGAGAAUAUAUAUCUGCUACAACAGUUUUACUGGAUGACGAAUUAGUGUGUGCAUCUGUAACUACAACAGAGCUUUUGUCAACUCAAGCUGAAGUUUCUGAAGUGAAAGAACAGUUGCAUACAAAUGCAGAGCUUCCAGAUACUUCUGAAUCGAAAGAGGAUUAUAAAGAAAAAACUGAACAGCCAUAUGAAAAAGCAGGCAAUGAGAAAGUAGAUCUUUCAGCUAAAUUUGACCAGUUGCUUGAAUUUGAAACUGCUCCAGCAUUAUCUGAAGAAAUUGUAAUUGAAUCAAAAGAUGAAAUAAAGAAGGAAAAGAAAGGAUUAGAUGAAAUUUUACAAUCAAAAUAUGAUACUGAAACUCCAUUUCAGGAAGAAGAAUUGGAGGAAGAAACAUGUGUGAAACCAGAACAAGAAACUGGAGAAAUUAUGUCUGAAGAACAAAGAAAUAUAGAUCUAACUGAUGGUAGGAUUUAUGGACUUGAAACAAAACCACCGCUGAUGGAAGAAAUUGAAAUCAAACCACGGGAAGAAUUGAAGAUAGAAAGUAAACCAGAUAAACAGACCGAACAAACAGAAACAUGCACGGUAGAAUCUCCAGUAAGUGAUGAAGAUCUUGUUGAAAUGCCAACCCAUGUAAGUAGAGAGUCUAGUUUUGAUUAUCCAGAUAAGAAAGCUGAAAUAAAGGAAGAAAGAUCUGUAGAAGCUGAUGUCUCAGAACAUGACACAUACUUUAAUCAAGAAAUGCAAAUGAAUAGAAUUAAACAGACAGUUCUCUUAUCACGUCAAGAAAGUAAUAUUGAAAUCACCCUGGAUGAAUUUCAGGUUCAUGAUUAUGAUAGUGAAGAUAAAAUAAAAGAUGAACAAGAUUAUAAGAAAGCUGUAGAAGUUCCUAGUGACAAAGAGGUCAGAACUGAGGAACCUGAAGCUGCUGAAACCAAAGAGCUUAGACAGACUGAAACUGAGGAACCAAGACCUACUGAAAUUUCGGAUUUAGAAUCAGCUGACACUGAGGGUCCUAAACCCACCAAAUCUGAGAAACGUAUGCCUGCUGAAAUUGAGGAACUUAGGCCAACUGAAACUGAGAAAUGUAAACCUAUUGAAAUGGAGGAACAUAUACCUACUGAAACUAUGAUAUCUGAACCUACUGAACCUGAGGAACCUAUAACUUUUGAAACAGAGGAAUUUAAACCAACUGAAACAGAUGAACCAAAACCUACUGAAAUUUUGGAUUUAACAACAGCUGACACUGAGGGUCCUGGACCCACCGAAUCUGAGCAACAUAUGCCUGCUGAAAUUGAGGAAUCUAGAUUUACUGAAGCUGAGGAACCUAGGCCAGCUGAAACUGAGAAACCUAAACCUACUGAAAUGGAGGAACAUAUAGCUACUGAAACUAUGAUAUCUGAACCUACUGAAUCUGAAGAACCUAUAACUUUUGAAACAGAGGCACUUACAACGUCUAAAACUGAGGAACCAAGACCUACUGAAAUUUUGGAUUUAAAAUCAGCUGACACUGAGGGUCCUGGUUCCACCAAAUCUGAGGAACAUAUGCCUGCUGAAAUUGAGGAACCUAGAUUUAUCGAAACUGAGGAACCUAGGCCAACUGAAACUGAGAAACCUAAACCUACUGAAAUGGAGGAACAUAUACCUACUGAAACUAUGAUAUCUGAACCUACUGAAUCUGAAGAACCUAUAACUUUUGAAACAGAGGAAUUUAAACCAACUGAAACUGAGGAACCAAGACCUACUGAAAUUUUGGAUUUAAAAUCAGCUGACACUGAGGGUCCUGGACCCACCAAAUCUGAGAAAUAUGUGCCUGCUGAAAUUGAGGAACCUAGAUUUACCAGAACUGAGGAACCUAGGCCAACUGAAACUGAGAAACCUAAACCUACUGAAAUGGGGGAACAUAUACCUACUGAAACUAUGAUAUCUGAAUCUGAGGUACCAAUAAUUUUUGAAACAGAGGAACUUAAACCAACUGAAAUGGGGGAACCUAGACCCUUAGAAGCUGAAGAACCAAGUUCUGCUGAAACUGAGGAGUCUAGGCAUACUAAAAUUGAGGAGCAUAUAUCCACUAAAAUUGAGGAAUGUAGAUAUACUGAAACUAUAGAACAUGAAACUACUAAAAUAGAGAAAUUAAUAACUUCUGAAACAGAGGAACCUAAGCCUACUGAAGCUGUGGAACAAAUGCCUACCACAGCUGAGGAACUUAGACCCUCUGAACAUGAAGAGCCAGAACCUUCUGAAAUGGAGGGACAGCCUAUUGAAAUAAAGGAAUUUAAACCUAUUGAAACAGGAGAAUAUAGACCUGCCAAAACUGAGGAACCUAGACCUACUGAAACAGAGCAACUUAGACCUUCUGACAUCUCAGUAAUGGAAAAUAAAGAAGAAACUUUCAUGUUAGAAGAAAAGGAGAAAGAAAUGAUUCAGGAAGAUGAACUGACAUGCAAUGUCACUGACAAAUCAGGUGUUGCAGAAAGUCACACAGGUUUACUUGAGUCAGAAAGUAUUGAUGAGGAGCCAGAAAUUUCAGAGACAUCAUUUCAUGGAAGAAUUUACACUGAUAUAAUGCAGGCUGCAGAUGAAGAAAUGGCUGGAGAACCUGUAGGUUUUUCCGUUGAGCCAAGUUCAGAAGAUGAGAAUGAAUACGAGACUCAGGAAAAGGCUUUUGUGAAAUUUGAUCUUGAUCAAGAAGAGGUUCUUGUUAAUGUUGAAGAUCCCCUUUAUUCUGAAGUUAAAGAAUCAGCUGAAAUUUCAAUAAAAUCUGAGCAGUCAAAACAAGAAUCUGAAAAAAUGGAAUAUACAGCAGAAGUUAUUGAAAUUAUUGAAGGAGAUGAAGAUGAAGAUACAAUACCACCAAGUGCUUCUUUAGUAAGUGAACUUGUGGAAUAUGAAGAUACUGAAAUGAAGGCUACUACACCUGACUAUGAUUUAUCUCUCAGUUUUACUGAGAGGGUUGAACAUAAAGUUGAUGUGAAAGAAAAGCAUGAAAUAAGUCAGACUAAUGACAUAGUAAUUGAGAAAACAACAGAGUCUAGUGAAUCAGAAACAUACAAGUCAUGUGAAACAGACAUUGAUAAAUCUUAUGUUCAGGAGUUUGAAUUAGAGAAGGGAAAAGAAGUUAAUGUAGAAGAAUUUAUAGAUGUCUAUGAAAUUGAGAAAGAUGAAGUUGUUGAAAUUGACUUUAAGUAUGAUGUUGAUGACUUUGAUGAAUCUUACAUAGAUAGGACUGAAAGAUUUAUUGAACACUAUAGAGAUGGUUUUGAAUUUCAAAGUCAGAGACAAGGCAAGACAGUUCUUAAAAGUGAUUUUGACUCUGAAAUAUCAUUUACCAAACCAGCAGAUUCAUCAUUGACAGGGCUUGAAGGGCAAAUAAGUGGUUUUGAAGGAGCUGGAAAGGAUGCUAUUCAAGAUGGUAUAGAUGGUAUGGAAUCUGAUUCUAUUGAGGAUGAAGAGGUAGAUUCAUACAUUGAGAGGAGAUCACAAAGAUCAGUUGAACAAGAACAGCAAAGCACAAAAAGUUCUGAAAGACCACUUUCCCCAACAGACUAUACUUUGGAAAUGGAAAUGGAGGAAUCAGCAAUGGCAGGUGAUGGCCAGGAAGCAGAUGUUGAUGAUGAUGAAGAUGAAGUAGAAAGUGCCAUUGAACCUGAAGGAAGAAUAUCAGCAGAUGUUUCUCAGCAGAUUUUCAUUGAACAAACUAUUGAAAAAGAAAAGAUUAAACCCAUUCAUGGAGAAAGAGAAUCAGGAGAUGGGGAGGAAAAGGUUGAAGAAGUUCCACCUUCUCCUUCUGAGUAUACUCUUGUUACAUCAUAUGAACAAGAGAAACUGAAACAGGUGCUAGCUACUCCAGAAAAAAUAUCACCUCUGUUGGCAAGGGUUUUUCGUGAAGAAGCGAUGUCAGUGUCUAUGGAUGAGUCAGUAUUGAAAAAAGAACUACAGAUAGAAAGAGAUGUCAUGAGUGCAUCAUAUGAUGAAGAAGCUUUAAAAUAUGUUUAUGAUGAAGAAGAUAUAAUGGUAUCUUCCGCAGAACAUGUUAUGGUAGACUCACUGAUAGCUUCAUCCCUUGAACCAGAGGAUGUUAGAGUAUCUGGCAGUGUUUGCUCAGGUAAAGAUGAAGAUUACUCUGUUUCAUCAUCUGAGCACAAGUCAGAUAUCAUGACUGACUCCUAUGACCAAGAUUCUCUUCAGAAGUCUGUAGGAUCAGCGAAAGAAAGUAGUAUGGCAGAUUCAAUGGACCCAGACAUGCUUCAGAAAGCACUUGGAAGAGAUGCUGAUCUUAUGGCAUCUUCUAUGGAUCAAGAUGCUCUCCAAAGGUCCCUUGGGUUAGAAAGUGAUAUAUCCUCUUCAAUGGACCAAGAAAUGUUUAAAAGGACUCUUGGUUUAAGUCAGGCUGAUAAUAUUAUGACAGACUCCCUAGAAAAAGAACAAAUGAAUAGGUCUUUAGAAGUUGUACGAGAAGAAAUAGCAUUGACAAACUCAUUAGACGAUGAAAUUAUGGAAAAGGCUUUAGGCUUUGGUAGAGCAUCUGUAAUGGAAACAUCAGUAAGCCAGGAUGAACUCAAAGUUUCUUUGGGUGAUAGAACUGCAGAUUUAAUGACAACUUCACUUGAAUUUGAUGAUUUAGAUGCUCUGCAUAGAUCUUUAGGUUUGGCUGGAAGUGAAGGUCAGGAUCAGAAAUCAAAAAUAUCAGAAAUUACUGAAGUAACUGAAGAGUCGCAAGCAACAGAAAUGUCUGAAGGAAUGCUUGAGUCUCUGGAUGAAGAAGCUUUGAAACAGUCCUUAGGCAUGAAAACAUCAGAAGAUCUAAUGGCAUCCUCAAUGGACCAGGAUGCUUUAAAAAGAUCACUAGGUUUAGAACAAGAUGAUUUAAUGUCAGGAUCAAUGGAUACAGAUGCAUUGAGAGCAUCUCUUGGGUUAGAUAAAAUUCAGAGUAGUGAUGAGGACAGCGAGGAAAUGAAAUUAAUGAAAUCAAAAGAAUUUGACCCCAUGAUGCUUUCAAUGGACCAGGAUGCUCUUACAACAUCAUUAGGUCUCGAUAAAAUAGAAGAAGAAAAGGUUGAUUAUAGAACAGAAAUUUCUGAACAACAUGAAAAAUACCCCAGAAUAAAACAAGAAAUGGCAGAAUCGACAGAAAUGUUGAUGUCUAUGGAUGAGAAUGCAUUGAGGGCCUCUCUUGCAAUGGACCAAACCAUAGACAAGCAGGAGCAUGAAGAUGUUGUUCCUUCAGAGAUGCAUGCUACAGCAGACGACACUGCUUCUAUAACCUCCAGUGAACAAGCUGCCUUAAUUCAAACCCCUGACCAGUCAGAAAACAACACUGUUUCGGGCUUUAGUAAUGACUUCCCAGAGUCUGAAAUCCCUCCUCCUCGGCCAAUGGAACUUGAAGUUCUUGCAGCACAGGAACGCAAAAAAAUGGUUUCCAGUUAUGAGAACGUCUAUACUGGAGUCCCACUAGAGCCAACGGUGAACAGAAUGUCCAUGGAUGCAAGUGAAAUGGAUAUUGGAGAUCGUUUUGAUACAAAACAGUCUGAUUCUAAACUACAGUCAGGUUUAUCAUCAAGUUAUGAAAAGUUGUACGAAAAAACUGAGGAUAAAUCUGAAGAUGAAGGACCAGAAAAGGACAAAAUACUUUAUCCUGCUGAAGUAGGAGUACAACAAGCUGCUCAAAUUUCGAGCAUUAAGGAUGAAAGGACAAGUAUUGACUUUGAAGAGCAAUAUCCUCCUACUAAGAAACAAUCGCCUGCUUUAAAAAAGAAACUGGAUAUUGAUAUAGCAACUCAGGAGGAGAGUCAGCAAUAUUCAGUUACUGACUCCCCUGUUGAAUCUGUCUCUCCUUCUAAAGAUCUUUCAGAAAUAUCUCCAGUGCAUGAUGACCUUAAAGUGGAUAAAAUGGCAAUAUCAGUUGGCAGAUCACCUUCAGAUUUCCUUUUUGAAUCUGAAGAAAUUGCUGCUGAGAAUCUUGAAAAAAUGCGAGUAAAAAUAAGUGAAACAGGGCAAGGAUCAAAAGAUUCUCUUUUUGAAGACGAAAGUAGAACAGGACAUUUGAGGCAGUUAGAAAAAUUUGUCUCUAAAGAAAGUCAUCAUGAAGAAAAAUCGACAACAACUUCUACUUCAGUAGAAGAGAAACGUAUCACUAAGGAAUAUAUUGAAGGUGAACCACCAAAGAUCAUUAUGGAAGAAAAAAUAUUUUCGACAGAAGAUACUGAAAAAUAUUCAAAAUCAAAAGAAUCACAAGAUGAAAUUAAACUUACUACAAGUGAAAUAAUAACUGAAGAAACAGAGAUGCAAGAUGAUGGUACUGAAUUAAAGAAGGAAAACAAAGAACUUGUUGCAGUUAUAGAUGAAGAUGGUAAAACAACAACAGAAGAAACAAAAAGUAAAUUGUUAACAAAGAGAGAAGACGUUAAAGAGACAGUAUACCCAUUUGUGAAAGAUACUGAAGAUGGUGAAAUAAAAGAACAGCUUUUAGAUACAGUUGCUUCAAAAGUUGAAACACUUGAAACUACUUUACAUACAUUAACUGAUGAAGAUAAACAUAAAAGUGAUGAAACAAAGCUCACAUCUGAACGAUUGAUAGAAGUCAAAGGUGAUGAAGCGAAAGUUGUAGAAAGCUCUGAGGUACAGUCUGAGGAACAUAGACAUACAGAAGGAGAUACAUUUAAGGAGUCUGGGAGUGCAACUGUUGACCUUUUAAAGAAAGAAAGUAUUACUGAAGUACUUUUUGAUGUUUGUAAAUAUACAGCUGGUGAUACACCACAAGUUGAACCUGUUCUAGAAAGACAAGGAGAAAGAGAAGAGCAUAUUACUGAAACUCAAGAUUUCAAAUCACAAACAGUAAGACAAGAAGAUGUCACUUUUAAAAUAGAUAGAGAAAAGGGAGAUUUAAGUGAAAGUGCUAUUCAGAAGGAAGAUUCAGCUGAGUGUAAACAACAAAGGGACAGUGGUUUAUUUGAAGAAUCCUUCAGUGAUGAAUCUGAUGAAGAAGGAGCAGAAGCUAAAGAAGAAAUGGCUUUUGACAAUAUGGCAUUUACAGAAGAAGAAUGUGUGAAGCCUAAAGACUUUUCAAAAAUGGGAUCCUAUAUGGAUGCAAAUUUAGAGUUUCCAAAACAUAGAGACAUUUCUCCAGAGGAUCUUUCAACCAAAUUUGACUUUGCAGAAGAACUUCGAGAAGAGAUGCAAGCUCAGACUGCUACAGUAGGAGAUGAUGACAGAACUCUUUCUCUCUCAGGUGCUGACUUUGACUUCAAGAGGGAUAUCCAUACAGAAACCCCACAAGGUUUUGAUGACCUUCCAGUAGAUGAAGGGGGAAGAUAUCCUACACCCGGCAAAGUAGAUGAACCAUCAUAUGAUGAAAAUUUAAUUGGUGCUGUAGGUCCACCAGUUUUGCCAGAAUCACUUGAGAAUUUGCCUCAAGCAGAAUCCAUCUCUUCUUCUUCCUCUAGUAGUCCUGUUAAUGAAAUAUUUGACAGUAUAACUGGUAAUGUUGUCCCUUGGGAAAUACAGCAACAAUUCACAAGGCAGUUCUCUGAUUCAUAUGUUGAUCAAGAGGACAAAGAAGCUGUGGGAAAAAGUGAGUCUGCCAAAUCCCUCGACCUGGGAGAAUUUUACAGAAGAGAUACAAACAAAGAUAGAGAUAUAACAUUCCAGUCUAACGAGCAGCAGUUACCACCAGGUCUGCUUCAUUCAUCUCAAGAGGAGAAGACUGAAACAUCUCCAGUUAUGAAAAAGAAAGGUCAAAGGGUGAGGUUCUCUUUGUCAGAAGAUCAUACAGAGGAAUCACAGUUAACUGAAACAGCUGUUCAUCCUUAUGAUUUAAAAAUGACAGAAGAAUGGGAAAAGGCUGGUGAAACUGAAACUGUAGAAGUAAAACAAAAAACAGCUGAACCACAUGAUAAAAUUACUGAAGCAUAUCAGCAUGCUGUAAUAGCAUCAAUAUUUGAAUCAAGAAUUCAGAGUGAACAAGCAAGACAGAGGGAGCUUGAAGAGCUGCAAAGUUUAGAACAAGAAGAAACUUGUUUAAGUCCCCCAGCAGAAGUAAGAGUGACAAGUGCUGAUACAAAAGUAUAUACGUCAUCAGCAAUUUCAGCCACAAUGCUAGAUAAUGCUAAAGAUGAAGAUGUUGUUGAGGAAGAAUAUGAGGAGGAAGUUGAUUAUGAUGUAGAAAUGGUGAAUACAAUGUCACAGACAAUAGAAUGUCAGCCACUUUCGGUUGUUAGUCGCGAAUCAAGGCUUGCACAUGAAGAACUGCUAAAAGAAACAUUUGAUGAAAAAGACAGGUCAAUAUCACCUUCAAUUGAUAGUGAGGAAUUGUCAACAACGUACGAGAACCAAAAUGAACUUCAGGAAGAACUGGAUAUAAGUGUUUUAUCAAAACAAUUCCCAAUAGCUGUUCAUAGUCUUGGAAAAGCAUUACCUGACAAUGAAAUUUAUGAAUCAAGUGAAACAGACAGAGAUACUACUGAAGACGAAAGACUUUCACCAAUAGAAGAGACAUCGGGUGAUGAUGUUGAAACUGGUGAAAAUAAAAUAGACAAGAAAGUUACUUUCCAGACAGAUACACAACAUCUCUGUUCAGUCUCGAGUGAAGAUUUAGUUAAGACUUCAACAUCUUCGUCAGAGGUGGAACCAACUUUGUUAGCAGCAUCUUAUGAUUUGGACUCUGGAAGGGUGUCUCAUGUAGUUACUUCUUAUGACCUUUCUCCAGAUACAGUAGAAAAACAAUUUUUACCAGUUGCUUCAGCUCCAAAAACAAUUCUGUCAAGCCCCGAAGAUGAUGUUUUUGAAGCAGAUUUGACAGUUGGUGAAGACACUGUUGUUACUGUAGGUGAAAAUGAACAAACACCAACAGAAGCAGACAUUGAACUUCUUCCUCAAGAUCCACAAGAUUCUCCUGACAAACAGAUUCAAAAGAGUGUUGACUCAGCAUCUGCAGGAAGCAGUCUUCUCCCGUCACCUCCUGCCCCAUCACCCUUUGAAGGUCAACAAAACAGCUAUCAUACUGUUAUUGAUCUAGAAGGGGCAGCUCUCAAGAUGAAAAGCCUGAAGCCAAGUGAUUCUGUGGAGUCAAAUGAAAGACAGGAUUUGAGCAUUGACCUACCUUCAUCCUCAGUAGAGCACGAAAAGGUUGAUGAUAAAGAGGACAUAUCAUCACCUUUUGAAAUAAUGUCUCCCAGUGAUCUUCAAGGAUAUGAUGAAUAUGUUGAAAAACAAAAGGAAUUUGAGGCAGUUAUGCUUGCUUCUGCAACAUCCCAAGCCUCUACCAGUAGUUUUGCAGAAGUUGACAUGGCAGAAGUUGUUGAACCUUUGCAGUUGCCUCUGUCUUCUGUUAUCCCUUCAGCACCACCAAUGCCAGACCUUCUUAGUCCAGAUAAGUCAACAAAUGAAUCUUCAUUUGAACAUUCUUCACCAGUAAGUAGUGAACCAUCAGAAAAGGGACUUGACUCACCAUUUGACAGCUCAGUGCCUGAUACAGCAAGUCAUAUUCCAGAUAUUUUGUCUUCUGUUGUAUCCACUGAACAACAACUAGAAUGUGAUGAAGAACCAGAUGUUGAAGCAAAACUACCAAAUGGACCAACUGAAGUUGACUAUAAUCCAGAGAUAGAUUUGGAUUUUGAUGAAACUGGCUAUCAGCAACCUGUAGCUGAACUGGAAGAGCAACAUGAUCAAGAAUCUUCAGACAAUUUUGUUAUAGUAUCACAAAGCACAGUAACAUCAUCUGUUCAGCAAACUAGUUCUUAUGUUGCAGUUACUGAGACUGUGAGUGUAACACAACAAACUGGAAUGACAGAAAGUGUGAUCGAGGAAUUGCCAGUUCAAAGUAGUCAGGAUAUACUAGUAGUAUCUGAUCAGACUUUGUAUGGCUUAGAAAUGCCAUCAGAUGAAGCUGCAUCUAUGACAACUUCACAUCAAGAUUAUGACUUAAUGAAUGUGUCAGCUUAUACAUCAGCAUCCGUGCAAGACGAUACAUCUGGGCAGGUAGACAGUAGAGAUGCAUUCAGUCAAGCAGUGGGUAUUGACAGAACUGAAGAAGAUGUAAGUGAAAGGCCAUCUGAAUCCUUGCAAGAUAUUCCUGGUUCUCCAGUAACAGAAGAGAGUCAUGAUACUGUUGAGGCAGAAACAUUAGCUGAUACUCAGUUGGCAGCUAGCGCACCUUUGGAAACUCCAACCCAGUCAGACCCUUUAGAGAACAUUGCCCAGCAAGUCCCUUUAGAGUCACAAUUGUUCCCUUUGGGGGGCGAAAACACAGAAAAAGAUUAUAAACAAGAAAAGGUUGAUAUCUACCCAGGUAAAAGGGCAUUGGAAAUUGAUAUGGAAGCCAUAGCUCAAUAUGAAAAGUCUGAAAAAUACUCUACACUGAAAGGGUAUGAGGCAUCUGUACAAGAUAUUGAAGACGUAGAUUUGGAAAGACGAACCCCAGAGACUUUUCUAGAUGAUGAAUUAGAUGAAGAAUUAAUGAAAUUAAAAGAACAGUCAGAUUAUGAGUUAGAUAUAAAGACAGAUACCCCUGAAGAAGAAAGGGGGGCAAUAGGAAGUGCACAAGAAAGGGCUGAUUUUGAAUUAAAGGCUGAUAGCUGUGAUUUGGACAGGCCCUUGACACCUACACCUGUUGACAAAAAACAAGGCUUUUUUGAGAAAAACUUUCAAAUGGUGAUGGAGAAAAAAGCAGAGAAGACAGGUAAGGAAUCAGAUGCUGAUGACAUCAUAUUUGAAAAAGAUGCUUCUAAGGAUGAGAUGCUUGAAAAAACAGCUUGUCAGUUUGUUGAAAAUGUCCUAGAGGAAGUUAAGGUGAAAGUCAAGUAUAAAGUUGCUUUAGAUAUUGAUGAUGAUGUUGCUCUGGUCCAGAGUCCUUUAUCAGAAAAUGGAGGAGAUAUGACUGACUUUGCUGAUGAGCUUCCAUUUGAUGAACCAGAUGAACUACAUGAUGAUGAUGAUGAUGAUGAUGAUGACUUUUACAACUCUAGCCAGCAAUUGAAAACUGUUGAAAGAGGAGAAGAAUUUAUUGAAAAGGAUGUUGUACCAGACCUACAUCAUGUUAAGCACCCAAAACAUACAGUUUUAGUAAAACAGGUAUCAGAAGAAAUUCCAGAAAUAACACUUACACAACAUCUGCAUGAAGAAAUAGAUGAUAGUGAUGAAGAAUUAAGAUACAGAAAACAGGAUCUAGAAGCAGAACAGAAACAACUUCAGGAAGAGGUUAUUUCAGAAGAAGUUGGAACACUUACAGAAGCAUCCAGACCAGUGGCAGAUUAUACAGACUCAGCCAAAGUGUGUGUACCUGAAGAGGCAGAUGAGGAAGAUAAACCAGUUGUUGAAGUAUUUACUGCAGUUGACUCUUCAAAAAUGGCAGCUAUCAAACCACUCCAAACAAAAGACUUUACAGAUUCUGGUAAGGUCUGUGUACCAGAGGAAGCAGAUGUUGAAGUUGAAGAGGACAUUACAAAGCUUGAAGUCACUAAUACUCUUACAGAAAAACCUGAAAGUCAAACUGAUUCUAGGCAAGUAAGAUUUGACAAGUCUUAUGAAACAGUACAUGAUAUCCAGACCAGUCAAGGUGCAAGUUUGAUUUCAGCAACAGUUACAGAGACUUCAUCACAUGAAACCAUUGCCUCAGAGACAUCUUCAGUUCAGUCCGUUGAAACUAGAACUGAAACAGAAUCUUCAUACAGCAUUACUGAACAGAAUCGUUUUUUAGGGAAAAGCUCUGAUUCUGAUACUUUUUCAGUCAGUUUGAUUUCAAAAUCAGUAUUAGAUCAAACACUACCAGUGUUUUCUGAGUCUGAAAUCAAAACUGCUCCUGAACAAGUUUUAAAAUCAGAGCGAUUAGCAGAAGCUUCGAUGUCAAAGAAAGAAACAACAGAAGAAAUCUUCUAUGAUACACAGGUAGAAGUCAAGUCUUCAAUAAAACUCGAUAAAGUGUUAGCAGUUACAUCAUCUGUACCUGCAACAGCCAAAAAAUCUGUUAGGUCAGACAGUGCUGAUAGUCUAGACGAUGACAAAUCUACAGAAGCACCUAAAAGUGCAGAAUUUGAUGAUGCAGGAGAUUCCUCAAGUGUCGACAGUUUUACAACAGUUGUUGCUGCAGAUGAGCAAGAAGAGGAUGAUGAAGAUAGGAUGGCUGACUUUGCCUCUCUUACAUCAUCAAUUCAUUCUGAUAUUCAAGGUGGUGUUCAAACUGAGGAGGGCGAAUUGCAUGAUCCACUUCAAGAAUUGAUGGCAUGGGCACAAGACAAGAAAACCAAAGAGUCCUUUCAAAUUAAACAGGAGAUUGAGGUAGAAGUAUUAGUACCAGAAGAUGAAAAGCAAACAGAAAUGUAUCCAUGGAAUAAAGAGGGUGGAGGCGAGCUUGAAAAGAAGCAUGAAGUGAAGGGAAUUUAUCCACAUCCUUGGAGAAAAGAUGAGGAGGAGGAUAAUGACUCUAUAGGAGGUGGCAGUGACAGAUAUGACUAUGUUGACAGAACAGCACUUAGUGUUAUAACUGAGCUUUCGGAAGAGGACAGAUUUGAAAUCAUUGAAAAAGAAGAUAUAGAGAGUGAAAGUACUGGAACAGGGUCUGAUUCAAGGCAUUACAGUUCCCCAGAUUUUCCACCUCCAAGUCCAAUGAGCAAUUUAAAAUUUUUCAGCAAGAGUGGAGAAAGGGAUGACAUAUCUGUUUCAUCUUCACUCCUAGAGUUCGAAAGACUUGAAAGAGAAAUCAACCAUUCUCGAUCAUCUGGUUCAGUUGAAGAUGGCAGUAAAGAUAGCCUUGGAGGGUCUCUUGAUGAAACUAAAUUUUUAAGUAAAAGUUUAGAAAAGGAUGAUGUUUCCAUUUCUUCAUCCUUAGCAGAUUUUGAAAGAUUGGAACGUGAAGUUACUCAAGGCAGUUCUGAUAGUUCCAUUGAGAAAAUUUUAUCUCCCGCUGUGAUUUCACCCCCAGAAAAGGCAGAAUGCAGUGGAAAAAGUAGUGUGUCAGGAUCUUUUACCUCCUUAACUGAAUUUGAAAGGCUUGAGAAAGAAAUAAUGUAUGAAGACAUUAAAACAAGUUCUGGAUCUUUUGAAAGUUUUAGCCGUCAAAGUUUUACAUCAGUUACAUCAUCUCAGGCAUCUUUAAAUGAAUUUGAAAGAUUAGAACAAGACUUUGUUAUAGCAGAACAACUUGAGAGAGAAGCCCAAAAGAUUGUCUCAAUACUUGAGUCAGGCUCAUUACCUUCUACUCAAUAUGGAAGUGAACCAGAACUUUCCUAUUCUGAAUCUCUUACAACAAGAGAAAUUCUCAUCACAAAGAGCAACAUGUCUAAAGAUGAAGACAUUGAUAAAGAUUCCAUAGAUGGAAAGGAUGAUAUAGAAGAUGAUAGCUUAAGUGAAACCAAGAAAAAGGCCAGAGGCGAUGCUGUGGAUGAUACAGAUUCCCUUGAUGGAGACCACUCUAUGACAGCCUCUAUCACAUCAGCCAUUUUGAAAUCUGAGUCAGCAACAAGAAUAGGUACAGAUUAUGAAGGAGAUUCAUUACAUGACAGUACACAUAGCAGUGAUGGUGCAAUGAAGAUAUCUUCAGAUUCACUGGGAGAAAAGUUAAGUGUUUCUAAAGGAGAAAAAGAUAAGUUUGAUUCUGAUUCUCUGUCAGAAGAACGCGAUGGUGUGAUGGAAAAAUCAAGUGAUUCUCUUGCAUUAAUGGGAAAAUCUUGUGAUUCACUUGGAGCUAUGGGUAGAUCUACUGAUUUGACAGGAAUUAUGGAAAAGUCUUCAGAUUCACUCGGUGCUAUGGUAAAGUCUUCAGAAUCCUUUGGAGCUGGAUCAUCUUGUGAAAAGUCAUCAGGAUCUUCUGGACAAAUGGAGAAAUCUGGUGAUUCUCUUGAACUUCAAGAAUGCCCAAAGGAAUCAAUUGAUAAUGAUUCCUUACAAGGUCAAGAAGAUACAGCUGAUGCAAUGCAAUCAUCUGUUGAUUCAUUAGAAUCCUACCAAAUCGAACCAAAACACAAUGUAAUGGAAGUUUCUAUGGAAUCUGCAGGAACUGGAUGGAGCUCUGCUAGUUCAAUGUUUUCAAGGUCAUCAAUAGACACAAUGAGAUCAGCUGACCAUGAGGAACAAAGUGAUGCUGUACAUGCAAAAGAUGUUAUGCAGGCAUCCAUUGAGUCUUGGGAAGAAUAUGGGGAAGAAGAAGGAGAAGAAACAGACAAUUUCUAUAUCAUAUCCAAAUACCAGUCAAGCUUGAAGGAAGCUGCAGAGAGUAGUACAUUCUCUAAAACUGAGAAGACUGAAUAUACACAUCCAUAUCUAGACUUUGAGAGAAAUGUUGCUGCAGAUAAUUACCAGUUUAUGAUGACUGGUCCAGGCUGGAAUGAAAAUUUUCAAAACCUUGAAUCAGAAAGUAAAUCAAUGUAUCUAGCAAAGCAACCUUAUGAGGAAAAAAAGAAGAUCUACACAAUGACAGAAUGGGAAGCUAUGAAGAAAGCCAAAAAGCAAGAGAUGGAAGAUGAACAAAUGAAAAGGCAAAAAAUUGAAACAGAAAAGCUGAAACUGGAAACGGAAAAUGCUGUUAUAACAAAAUCAGAAACAGAUAUUGAAACAAAGAAGUCUCUGACAUUAAAUGUAUCAGAAAAUAAUUUGGAAGUGGAAAAAAUGCUAACAACAAGUUCAGAAGAGGGAGAGACAGAUUCUAGUCAAAUUUCAGAAUCAGAAACUGUAUAUUCUAAAAUUCAAAGUUCUGAUAAAACAUUAGAAAAGACAGAAAUUGUAAAGUCAAAAUCAACAAGUUCUAAAACUACCAUUACCAGCAGAAUAUUGAAAGAAGGACUCACAGCACAGGAAUUGAGAGAGAGACAGCAGCAGCGUAUGUUAUCUAUUGAUGAUGAUGAUGGUACCACUGAGUAUGAUCCUCAUGAACAUGCAGAAAGUCUAAGGCACGGAAUACCCGACCAUUUUGCUCAGAAAACAGGUCCAGUGUUUAUCGACCCUCAGUAUGGAGAUUCAGAGGAAGACGAGAUUGUUGAUUAUCAAGAAGACAAUGAUGAUGGUGAUGAUGCAGGCGGAGCUGAAGGUGGAGACACACAGACUACCAGGAUCACUAUGAAGAAAGAGAUUCACACCACAACUGUACUUAAGGACGGCAAAGAAGAAACUUUGGUGCAGGAGGACUCUAAAGUCGAGACAGACCCUAACGCCCCAGAGGAGUUGCGUGACAGCAUGCAACAAAUCAUUGAUGAAUUCAUGGGAAGUCCUACUGAAGCACAAAAACCACUUCAACAUGACUUUUAGAACAAAUCUUCUAAUGGAGGAGAUUUCAGUCUCUUUGUGACAGGAUGAGAGACAAAAUUUUAUUGGUUGUUUAUGUGGUUACAUACAAUGCUCGUAAAUAUUGAAAAGAAAUUAUCAUUUGUCAUUAUGAUCAUGUUGUCUUAAACAGAAAAAUAAAUAUCUGGAGCAAUAUUUGUCCUAUACUUUAACAAAAAUGUUUAUGUUAAAAUCAUUACCUGGGCAUUUUAUCAACUUUUAGAAAAUUGAAGUUAAUGACAAAUGUAUACAGAGACAUUAAAGUUGAAUUGUAUUUUCAUGAAAGCAUUAUAUGCUUCAAAAACAUUUUCAUUUUAGCAUUAUUUAUUUAGACCAUAUUAGUCUUGAUUUUCAAAUUGUACAGUUGCAUCUUGAUUAGGCAAUUUCCUAUUAAUUGGCACCAUUUAUCUUAAAUACAUACAAUAACAAGUAUAAAUACUGUAAAACUUAUAUUUUCAUUCUUUACAUUUAGCCCAGCAUUUCCAUAUUUCUCUACUGUAUUGUUCCUCACUUGUGACCCUAUUAAGUAGGACUCCAAUUAGCAUGGUCAUUUCUAAUGACGCCUUUGUCAGCUAUUUAUUGGACUUGGUUCCACUCUGUUAUAUAUAAGGAAAAGAAGUCUUGUACUCUAUAUCUGUACAAUUCAAAAGGAAAUUGUAACUGCCAGUCUACUCUGAACAGGAAAUGUGGACACUAAUCACCGUACUUCUUGCAUUUAAUGGCUUUCUUCUGUGUCGUCUAUGACAAAUUCAAGUACCUUAUUGCUACUUCUUUGUGCAGUGGAUUUGUAUAUUUGUAAUGCUUGAAAUAUAAGUAUAUUCCUUAUUCAAUAGUAACAGUAUUACUGACACCUGCGCAACAUAAAAGUAUAUGAGCUGUGCCAUGGGAAAACCAACAUAGUGGGUUUGCGAACAGCAUGGAUCCAGACUAGCUUGCGCAUCCGCGCAGUCUGGUCAGGAUCCAUGCUGUUCGCUAACGGUUUCUCUUAUUGCAGUAGGCUUUAAAAGCGAACAGCAUGGAGCCUGACCAGACUGCGCAGAUGCGCAGGCUGGUCUGGAUCCAUGCUGGUCGCAAACCCACUAUGUUGGUUUUCUCAUGGCACGGCUCAAUUAUAUUAUUAACUUCUUCAUCAUCCUACAAAUUUUAUACCAAUGAUGACCUGAAAUAAGACAUUGAUAACUACCAUAUAAAUAUUAUAUCACAUUUGUACUUGUAUAUUAAAGCAGUGUUCAUAAUAGAUCAAAAUGGAAGAGUGUUUACAAAGCCCCAUUUUAGAUACUCUUCCAUUUGCCUGUACAUUAUAUUUGCAGUUUUAACUGACGCUACUGUAAGACAGAAUUUUGGCUUUGGAAGCUAUAAAGUCACAUAAAGAGCUUUACUGUUCUAUUAAACCUGAACUAUAGUCAUAAAAAUGCAGAAGAAAGAAUUUAAUUAAUCAGAGUAGUUCAGAAUGAUAUCUUUAUUUUUUCUAGCUGGACAGCAUAUUAUAUUGUAUUUCAAGGGAGACUACUCUGAGAGAAAUGUUUUGAUGAUCAUGUGCUUUGUUACGUUUCUUAUAAACUGAGCUUUCCGAUACUGACAUAAUCAGUUUGUUAAUUAACCUAGAGUUAUCAUUAUAUGUUGUGAUUAUUGUCUAAUUAAACUGCUUCCAGUAUAAAAUAA